UCCAACGUUCCGAUUAAGACGCAGAUCUGUUGUCUACGAUGAGCUGCUCAACAUCGACCCAAGUCGUUCCGAUAGGCUCUCGCCGGGUCGUGUUUGAGGGCCUAGAGAAUUCACAACAUCUUCAUCGAGUCAGCGAGAGUGAAACUCCAUCCGAAAGGUCUAGAUCGUCGCCGUUCUCUAUGAUCAUACAUGAUGACGAGCCAAUGUCUGAGCUUUGGAAUCGGAUUGAAGAACACGGCUUCCAAAAGCCUCUAGAGCUGAUAAUAGACGAUGUAAAGUACCGCGAAGACGCCCGCAAAUACGUCGUGAGCAACCAUGACGAAGUCGUUGUGGUCACGGACGACCAGAUAUCCACCAAGAACACAAUCAGACUCACAGAAUCGCUUAUCUCACACGCAAACACUCAUCAUGGUCCAGAUAUUGACUUUAAUAUCACCCCGAUAUCCUCCUCGAAACGCGCCGUGGAAACCAACUACGGAUUUCACGUGUCUUUCGAACGAACACCGAGAAUGCCAGAUGAUAACAGGUUGCACCAGCUGCCAGCCUCGUUGGGAAGUUACGAACUGUUCAGCGUAAAAGCAUAUUCCAGCCAUCUUCCGAACAAUAUAUGCAAACGCGGCGGUGUGUUUUUCCCCAUGUGGCAGAGGGAAGCUAUGUGGCUGAAUUUCGAGCCCAAGCAGCACAAAUGGGCUGUCCGUGUUUUCAUGGGCCAUGUCAACACUAUCUCGGGUCACACGAUAGAGGAGACUGCUGACAAAGAAGUCGAGGAUCAGCAGCAAGAUUAUAUCGUCAUACCUGGUCAACCAUGGUUAGAUGGUAUUUGUGUAGCGCCUGGCGUAGUUCGCCAGUUUGUCGCCAUGCCGCUGGGAUCUGGAUACACCGUCGAAGGUCAAAAGACGUCAAAAGAGCAGCAUGGAGGGCUUCAACUUGAAAUCACACCGGAACUUUUUCCGAAGCAGCGCUUGUGGUCGUAUGGCAAGGACAAACACAUCGUGAAGAGUGCACGCGGUUUUCCCAGCGGCCUUGAUGAGAUGAAGACACCUGAGCAGCUUGGUAGAAAUAUCGGCGAUGUUCUGAGAUCGUACCCGGCCGAUUCCAUAUAUGAGGAGCCUCUCAAGAUAAAGCAUCUUGCAAAACCAGGAUCGUAUAUCACGUGUAGAGUGAUCGCCCAAAUGCAUUUUGCCACGCUGCCAUCUAUGCAGCCCUCGUACAGUAGUAGAUUGAGGUCAAGUUACAGCGUCCAUGUACGCUGCGACACCAACAGUGGUAGUCCGGGACAACUGCCAAUGGCCCCCAUUAAAGACACAUUGGAGAUCCCGAGUGCAUCAGCACUCCACAGUCUUUUGCCCGAACAAGUGACAGAGUUUUCGAGCAAGACAGAAAGCUUGGAUUACAACUCUGAGGAUAACACCAAAAGAGAACUCGAGGUCAAUGAUGCGAGAGAUAUCAGCGCCAUGGGUCUAGCCGCUGGCGGAAAACUGAUUCAAGAUAUAUACAAAGAUCCCUACCCAGCCACAUUAUGGAACCACUCUGCUGCACGCAUUCUCCAUGUGCACAUCCUCGACCCAGUAAGCUGCGAAAAGGUAACGCACAUCGUCCCACGGCCUCCGUCGAUGGAUGCCAAAGCGUACACCGAAGCUUCUGGACAAUUUUUCGUUGUAAAAGAAAAGGUAGACGAGCGCCUCCACGGAGGUGAUUUCGACAAUGUGAAGAGUGUUAUCCAGAUGGACCAACAAGUCGGCAUCAGUACUGAACCAGAGUUUGACCCAACAAAGCCGAAAAUGUGCACGACAUGCGAACUUCGACUGUGUGACUGCAUUAUCCGUCCCUGUGACCACCAAUUCUGCAACGUCUGCAUCAAGAGGAUUGAGCAGAACAGCAACGAGGAUUCUGCCUCAGCGCACAGAGAAUGGAAUUGUCCGACAUGUGACAGCAUGGUUUCGCAUGUAGCAGGUUUCUCAGCUCCUAUGAAUCUGCCAGGCGAGGAGCCAUUACGCGUCAAGGUCCCUGUUAAUGUGCUGGAAAUUGAAGACGGUAGGGUGAGAUUUGAAAGUGUGCAGAAGACCAGAAUCUAGGGCUGACGUUACAUGAGUGCAUGAAAGGCGGAUAUGCAUGUACUUCUGAAGAUAUAGUGCAAAGCAAUCUGUGUCCUUUGAACAGAUCUAAUCUUUGCAGCAAGAAAACUAUACACAAACACAAUAAGGCCGGCAGUCCACCAAAUGUGUAACAAAAAAUAUUUACCUUAUAGGGCAUAGGAGCAACUGAGCG